AUGGCAUCUGCUAGACUUUUCUUGCGUAAAGAAGCCUUUUGGAAGGUUAAAAAUGGAUACCGUUCUUUCUCCAAUUUUAAUAAUUGCGUUAUGUCCGCUAAACACACUAACAACCAUCACAAACUGGCAGCACUGAGCUUUAGAGAAAUGUAUGAUAUUCGCUCUAAUAUUCAGCAUUUGAUUAAGGACUAUUCGUCAUAUGACGUCCCUAAAAUUGACUGGGCAUUUCUUAUGCAGCAUAAACCUCCGCUAAAAGACAAUGAGCAGUACUUUCUGACAAUCAAAACUCUGAAUAUCUUAUUGACCUUAACAUGUCACAGAUUAGCAGCAUUGCAGGAACUUCCGUAUAUCGCGUUAGUCAAUCCUAAUAUUGAGCAGUCGAAUCGGCUUUACUUGAAAACGUUGGAGUCGUUAUUGUCGAUAGAGUAUCCAUAUGACCUAUAUGAUACUGCCAAGAUGCAAAAUUUGACAAAAGAGUUCCUAAACGAUCAUCAAGACACGUUGCUUACGCUCUCUAACGGAUUACAGGAGAUCAGCAACUUCUAUGAUCAUGAAAAAAUAUUCAAGUUCUUGAAUAACCAUUUGCACGAUAGGAUUCUAAUGAAACUUCUAACCACCAAUUAUCUGGAGUUAUUAAAACAAGAUGAGAAUACGCGUGAUAAGAUUGGUGUUAUUCACAAAGAUUUGCAUAUUUCAGACUUGGUUUUGAGGACUAAUGAAUUUGUCAACGAUUUAACGUUUAUCAAGUAUGACAAAACGGUCCCAGUCAAGAUUAUGGAUGGUGCAGACGUCAAGUUUUCCUACAUUCCCACUGAUUUGGAAUAUGUACUCCAAGAAGUGUUGAAAAAUAGCUCGCGGGCCCAUAUCGAAAACAACGUCGAAAGAGAAGUUGAAGUUACGAUAGUGAAGAGCUACGAACAGCUGGAAAUUAGAAUAAGAGAUUUUGGUGGAGGUAUUAACCCGCAAGUAGAAGACCUCAUAUUUGAUUAUUCCUUUUCUACCACGGAAAAGGACGCCAAAGACACCGGAAUGAGUGCAUACAUUUUGCCUGGCCAAGAAGUGCAGAAUGUCGCUGGUAUGGGUUUUGGUUUGCCAAUGUGCAAAGCAUAUCUUGAGCUAUUUAACGGUACUCUAGAUAUACAGUCUCUUUGGGGUUGGGGCACGGAUGUCUACAUCAAACUACAAGGACCCUCAAAUAAACUUUUCGUGAGAUGA